AUGGGAGUUUUCAAGUCACUUGGUCUUUCGCCGGCCAAAGCGGCAGGUGCAAAGGCCUUACGUCGACUUUUUGGGCGGGUGCUUCCAGGCGAGACUGACAGUGCCAGUGACACUGAUCAAACGGGCAAGGGCAAAUCCAGCAACGACCACAAUAUUCAGAGGGAGAAUAACAACAGCAUAACAGAUUCUUCAUCUACAAAACAUCAGGAUACAUCUGCCCCAACUGAUAAUCGCCAACAACCACACGCCCUCACUACUGCUGAAACAUCUACAACUACCUCCGAUAUGGUGUCGCCUCAGAAGCGCGUCCCCCAGGGGAUUGCAGACAAGGAAAACCAACCGCCCAAUCCGGCUCAGCUGUCAGACUCGCUCUCUCGUCUAAACAUCGGAGAGGAUAAGGCCGUCGCGACUUCUCCUAAGCCUGUCGUUUCCACUGCCCCUGCUGUUGCUGCCGUGGAUGCAGCUCCAGCCGUUGAAGCUGUACCUGCUGCCCCCAUCUACACAGAUCCCGCUGUCAUAGCUGAGCGAGCGAUCCACAUGAAGUUCACCGAAGAGGCUCUUGACAUGGCGCGACUCGCUCUCAGAACCAACGAGACACCUGUGGGCUGUGUUCUCGUUCACGAUGGAAAGGUUAUUGCUCGAGGCAUGAAUGCAACCAACAAUGGACCAAGGACAACCUACCUGAAGCCCAUGCCUGAGAAUCAAUCACCCGGAGCUUCUGAUACAUCUUCUGUCGAAUCAGGACCCGUCGAUGAGGGCAACGAGGAUGGAUCCAAGGGCCACCUCUACCCUUAUGGACAGAAGUGCCAUCCUGAUGCGCGAGUUGAUAGAUCCAUCAUUCGAGAGAGCAUUUUGUACGUCACUGUAGAGCCGUGCGUCAUGUGUGCUUCUCUCUUGCGACAACUCGGCAUCAAGAAGGUCUAUUUCGGCGCAGUCAACGACAAGUUUGGCGGAACAGGUGGUGUCUUCAGUAUUCAUGCAAACUCACUUCCUGUCAGUGCCGAUGGCCAGACUGCCAGCGCACACCCAACACCAAAGCCUGCGCAGCUUCCCGACGGAAGUGGCACGCUGGGCGUCUCGUAUCCUCCAGGUGGAGGUGACGGUGGAAACCUCGAAUCUGGUUACGAGAUUGAGGGUGGAUGGGGUCGUGAUGAGGCUGUCGCUCUGCUCAGACGGUUUUACGUCCAGGAGAAUGGACGAGCUCCCGUACCCCGCAAGAAGGAAGGCCGUGCAGCUCGAUUGGCUGCCAUGAUGGAGGGUGAGGGUACUGGAGAAGGUACUGGCGAGAGCAAUGGUGAGAGCAAUGGCGAGGACAAUGGCGAAGGCAACGACGACGAGAACAGUGAAGAAACUCAAACUCCAGAUGCCGCUACCCCUGUACCCGAGUCCCAAGUUCUCGACUUGCCCACCUCAACUCAGACUCUGAAGGAAACGCCUGCGCCGCUGGGUGAUCGCACCAACAUCUAG